AUGGAAAGCAGCUCUCAAGAAAGCCUAAGUAAUCAAGAUAAUAUAGAAUGGUUAAUCAUUUCUUACACUUUUCCCACUUUUCUUGCUUUUCCCACUUUCUCGCUUUUCCCACUUUUCUCGACUUUCCCACUUUCCAAUUUUCCCUUUUUCUCUACUCUUCCCUUUCCUCAAGGUGGUACGUCGAUAACUUUCACUCCUCGUUCAAGUAACGUUAAUAACCAUGAAAGCAAAAUACCAUUGAGAGCAAUUACCUUUAACAACAAACACACAAGUGUUCGUAUGUUUUCUUCCGGAGUGGGAGAUAUGGCACUUUUAGUGCGUGGAAAAAGUCGAGAAAUUUCGAUUUGUUUAAAUAAUAUGAAAGAUGAAAUCGUUAUAAAUGUUAAAGAAAUUGAAGAAUUUCGAAUCGCCAAGGAUCGAGAUCAAAAAGCCAUUGUUUUGAGAUUAAAUCCAAAUUUUGAUAGAACGUACCUAUAUCACUCGGAAGGAUAUCCUUACAAAGAAAAUCCAGUGAGAUUAUAUAAAGAUCCUACAAACGAUCGUCUUACUGAUUUAAGUUGUCUAAAUCUUAAACCGGAGAAUUUCAUAAAAUCAGGAGAAUUAUUUGAAAUAGAAAAGUUUAUAAAAAAAUUGGUGAUCGAGACAGGUCAAUUAAAUAAGGCCUCACGCAAUAAUAACUGGACAUCACAUAAUUUUAGAAGCAUUAAAAACGAUAAUGCCUAUUAUUCAAAGGAAGAACCUUCAAUGAUGAACUCAAAAGGGAUACUUCAACCAAAUUCAACAUUGAAAUCACCAAAUGUCACAACAAUUCAACGAAGAGAAAUAUACAUUACAUGUAUUAUUCCCACUCAAAAACGUGCGGUUAUUUAUCCUUGUGAUGGACUGUUAGGUCACUUCCAAUUUUACCUAAAGCAAAGAUUCGGAUGGAAGUGGGAUAGAAUGUGGUAUAAUAAUAAAGGAUUUUGGACCUUAUUGAAUGAUGAGGAAGAGUGGAAACGGGCUAAAAAACGUAUUCAAUUCAGAAGAUUGCCGAGGUUGGAGGUGUUUAUGAGAUAA